CUACAUGCUUUCUUCUCCUCUCUCGAAGCGCAUUGGACGGCUGACAGUGCGUAAGCUCCACUGAAACUGCAGCCUAUUGCCUGUCUACGUAAACAUCGAGGGGCGAAGGCUUGAAACUGGACUUUCGCCUAAUAGCCUAUUUGAGCCACUUGGUGCUAAAGUGUAAUUAGAAGCGACAGCUGCAACAUUUGGCUCCGGGAUCAGAGCUCUGCGCGCGCUGCUGUGACUGCUGCGUGGCUGCUGGAGUUGCGCUCAGGACUUGCCUUGGUGUGGAUAUACGCUGACCUAUGUUGCAAUUUGAAUUUCUUUACUUAGAUUAUACCAUGCAUGACGCCAGACGGGAACUGCUUCUAUUCGUCCCCAAGUGUCGGACUUUACGCACUGCAUAGUAGCCAACUUCAGGUGCCUGGUAAUGCGAGGGAUACAGAGCAGAUAAACUGACCAACUGAGAACAUUUUUUGGAGAACAUUGUUUUGGAGCUUACUGAGAAGCAUUUGGAAGAUGUAUCACAAUAGAUGUUCCACCUUGGGUUUAAGCAUUCUAUCAGGCGUCUAAGCAUCUUCCUCUUCCAAAAAUGCUUCAAAGAGUGAUGCAAAGCUGCGCGCAAGUUCAUUCUCUUCAGUUCUUGGAAAUUUCAGACUAAAACAAGUAGACAAGACACAAGUGAAGAGGCUUUUAGAUUUGUUUUUCACACGCGCUGUGCCCUUUUAGCAUUUCCAAAUGACUGGAUGAGGCAAUGACAAUUUCACCACAAAAGAUGCUUUUUCAUGUUUUACUAACGAUACUGCAAGUAGGAUUUUUUUCUUCGAAUUAAGCCAUUUCGGCUUCCAUAUAAUUUAUAAUUUUUGUGGGGAUUCUUCUUUGCCUAAUGACUCAAAGAAACAUGUUGCAUAUCCUUGCGCUUCAGUCGGCGGUGUUACUUUUUGGAGUAGCCGACUGUCGAGUCUUAGAGGGAUUGCAGAGAUAUUCCUCCAUCCCCACAUACCUGCCUGUCAACUACCAGGUGCUCAACGCUGACUUGGCAUUCUUCCUGAAGGAAGCCAACCAGGACUUCAUGAGGAACUCAAGCCUGAUGUCGCGGACUGAGCCCUUCUUUAUCUACCAGGCCAGGAGUUUGCCCUCAAUGAACACUAGCUAUGGGCCUCUCUCUGUGGAGCAGCCUGUCCCUUUAGAGCUCCUGCAGAGCCCGGGGACGUUUCCUGCCUCUUCUGUUUUUACCUUCAACUGGAAGGUGCAGACCUUUAUCAUGAAUACCAGGAUUCACUUGGCCAAGCCCAAAGUCCAGGUGCUGUUUUAUGUCGCAGGCAGAAACUGGGACGACUACAGCGCCAUCGACAAGCUGCCCUGCGUGCACAUGUUUGCUUUCCAUGAGACCCAGGAGGUGCGUGGCACUUGCCAGCUGAAGGGUGGGCAGGGGCUGUGCGUGGCUGAGCUGGAGCCCUUGGCCAGCUGGUUCAGCCCACCCAGCGUAGUGCCGGGACGCCAGAGGAACCUCGAAGUGUCCGAGGGCACGCCAGUGGAGCUCUACUACAUGCUGCAGUCCACAGAAGCAGGGGAGUGUCACUCAGAGGAGGCCAGGAAGGACAACUUCAUCCGCUCAAGCCAGGAAGGGCUGUUUGGUUCCUACACCUCCACACCGCUGAGGAGGAUCGGCGGCGUCAGGCUCUACCAGAACCCCACUCCGCCACCCCUCGCUGAACACAGGCUGGAUAAUAACUUUAUGGUCAUGGUGCCAGCCACACCCAUGAGACAGAGGGAAACCAUCUCUGCUUUCAUCACUGUGUCAGCUUACUCUCCUGUGGAUAUGUUUACUCUCAGAGUGAAGUUGAAAGAAGGAGUGACUUUUCUUGGGGCGCGUCCCAGCAAUCCCACUCAGUGGAUAGUUAGUCAGGAUGUGCGCAGCGAAGGCCACCGAGUCGUGACUCUCCACUGCCGCAGGAAGGAGUCCGGCUACGAUCAGCAAAGGUCUGAGAUGGGAGUUCAGAGGGUUCUCCAGGUGGAUCUGAAAAUGGAAAGCUUUCCGGAACCGCUGGGUAGCCGCUGGAUGGCCUGGCAGGUGGAGUACCCGGCCAGUCGUGCCGCCACACAAGAGGCUGAGACGGAGAUCCAACUGGCACAGGAGGACCUAGCGGGCAUCGUGCCGCUGGCCAUGGACUCUGAGAUUUUGAACACCGCCGUGCUGACUGGGAAGACAGUGGCUGUCCCAGUAAAGGUAGUGACCAUUGGAAUAGAUGCCUCCGUCACUGAUGUCUCCGAAGCAGUCAAGUGUCGCUCGACAGACGAAGAUGUGGUCAAGGUGUCAGAGAGGUGCGACUAUGUUUUCGUGAAUGGCAAGGAGAUGAAGGGCAAGGUGAAGAUGAUGGUGAACUUCACCUACGGGUACCUGGGCGCACAACUGGAGCUCAACGUGUGGAUCCCCCGACUCCCCCUCCAGAUUGAGGUGUCAGACACGGAGCUGAGCCAGAUCAAAGGGUGGAGGGUACCCAUCAUGGCCACCAGUCAGAGGUCCACACGGGACAGCGAGGACGAGGAUGAUGAAGACAGACGAGGACGAAGCUGCACCCUGCAGUACCAGCAUGCCAUUGUCAGAGUCCUGACCCAUUUUGUAGCUGAGUCAGCUGAUCCUCGAGGCCAGACCAGCUUCAUGCUGGGCACUGAUUGGCAGGUGGACAUCACAGAGCUGGUGUGGGACUUCCUGAAGGUAGAGGACCCCCAGAUUGCACGGCUCCUGGACAGGAAGAUACUGGUGGGACUUGACAUGGGGAUGACCACUAUCCAGGUGUUGUCUCCUUUGUCAGACUCAAUCCUGGCAGAGAAGACUAUCACAGUGGUGGAUGACAAAGUGACCAUCACAGAGUUGGGGGUCCAGCUGGUGACGGGCCUCUCUAUGAGCCUGCAGCUCAGUCCCGGAAGCAACAGAGCCAUCCUGGCUACCACCACCACGCAGGAGAUUCUGCAGAGCCCCAAGCAGGAGGCCUUGAUCAGCGCCUGGCUACAGUUCAGCGACGGCUCUGUGGCUCCUCUAGACCUGUAUAAUCCCGACUUUUUUGUCCUGACGGCCACCUCCCUAGAUGAGGAAAUAGUAACAGUGCAGCAGAACCCCUCGUGGAAAUGGCCUGUCAUUGUGACGGAGGCAGAGGGCCAAGGCCUGCUGGUCAGGGUGGAAAUGACUGUUUGCGAGGUCUGCCAGAAGUUCAAGCGCCGCAGCAUCCUGGCGGCGGGGAACUGUAACGUCAGGGUGAAGUUUGGUCACAGUGACAGCUCAAGGGGAGGGAUCAGCGACUACGGCCCUGAGGGAGACGAUAUGGAGAACAAAGGCAGGCUCUCCCCAUCCCAGGACAAGACCGGCCCAGACACCCACUACUAUGGCAGCUCCAUCUCUGACAUGGAGGAUGGGGUGUUAAGGAGAGCCACCACCACUAGAAGCGCAAUAAUGCGCAGACCCAAUGGGGAUAAACUCUCCGAUGAUGGGAAUCAGAACAUGCCGGUUGACUUUGCUGACUUCCCUGCACAAGUGGACCUCCCCCGUGGCCGCAAUAUGGACGACGACCUCAUUCAGACAGCUCGCGGGCUCACUGACCUGGAGAUCGGCAUGUACGCCCUGCUGGGGGUCUUCUGUCUUGCCAUCCUCGUCUUUCUCAUCAACUGCAUCUCCUAUACCCUGAAAUACCGCCACAAGGAGCUCUCGAUCGAGGGCCAGGAAAACCUGAACCACGCCCACGAUUGGGUGUGGUUGGGGAACGAGGCAGAGCUGCUGGAGAGCCAAAUUAGCCUGUCGCCGCAGCAGGAGGAACAUACCUCCAUGAUGGAUUCGAGCAGCGGGCUCGAGGAAGGCAGCCACUUGCUGAACGGAGGCUCUGCCCAGAAGAACGUGCAGGGCCAAGUGCACCGGGCGGCAGACACAGGGUGCAUAGCCAAGGACAGCAAAGGAGACUCCCCCACCACCAAGAGGAAGCGGGUCAAGUUUACCACGUUCACCACCAUCCCCUCGGACAGUAGCUACCCCACUGUUAACACACUGACAGGAAGCCACAGCCAGGACAUUAAGUGGGUGUGCCAAGACGUGGAGCUGGGAGACUCCAAGGAGCUGCGCAAUUACAUGGAAAGGUUAAAUGACAGUGCUUUAAAAGAGGUGGCAUAAUGUACUGUGUGCCCUUGUAACAAACUCACCCUUAUGCCUUUCAGAGGAAAGUGGGUCUGAACAGAAAACCGGACCUGGAAAUUGACUUAAGAAUCACCCCAAACUGCCAAAGGGUCAUUAAAUGAAAGAGGAUUGUUAUGAUUCCACAAGUGACUGAUGAUGAAUCACUCAUGAAAGAAAUGUCAAUAACUGAGGACGUCAGGUGGUUCUUUUUUUUUCAUUUGUUAAUCAGAUGAUUAGCUUUUUAUCAUAAUUUUAUUACUGCAGAGUUUAGAUAGAAUGAACCCGGGACUGAUCUGCAGCGACUAUGUGUAACGUGUAGAUUUUAAAACGAACAGUAACACAACUAGAUAGAUGUUCCGAAUGUGAGUGUACAUUAAAUGGUUUUGGGAAGUUUUGUAACAUUUUGGAUAUUAAUUUCUUACGCCAGAUCCUUAUUCUGUGGAAGAGUUCUGGAAAGGCCAAAGUAGCAACGGGCAAUGUUUGCAUGUCGAUGAAAAAAAAAAAAAAGGCACAACUCAACGGUUGAUUCUCAUCCUCCUUAACAUGGCAGAAGACCUGUUAUGUAUAUACCGAACAGUCUCCAAAGCAUUGUAUUGUUGCUCUGUACAUUGUAUUUUCAUAACAUUUAAGAAAUACACAACAAUGUCAAG